AUGUUGCGGGAAAAAAUCGCUGACCGACAUGAAAAAAUCGCUGACCGACAUGACUGGGGCCUGAAGCUCGUGCACGACGGCUCGCUUGAGGGAAAGCCCAAAGACCCGGAACGUCUCGAGGAAACCACCUGGACUGCCGAGGACGGGUCCUACUGGGCCACGAAUUUCCCCCCGCCAUUCACCUCUAAUCUAAGGGUGUUUACUUUUGGGUAUUCUGGUACCCCCAGAAGCACCGGUAACAAGGAGACAGUCCUCAGCAUCGCGGAGAAUCUCCUUGAACUUCUUAGUGACGAACGGAAGCAACCGCACUUGAAACGACGCCCGCUCAUAUGGGCCGGGCAUAACCUGGGCGGAAACAUUAUUAAGCAAGUCCUUGUCGAGACGGAGAGACCUACCAGCAGGCACCACGAGGUCUAUCGUUCCACCGCCGGGGUUCUCUUCUUCGCCACUCCCCACCACGGUCUCAAUGCGAAAAUCUUCCAGCAACUUAUCCUCAUGGCCAAUAAACACCCCCGGGUAGUAAACGAGUCUUCGGGCACGCUGAAGUUGCCAAAGGAAGAAGUAACAAAGCGGGACGCGGCAGAUCACAUUCAGAUAUGUAAAUUCAGUAACACGAAGAAUAACGAUCCGGACGGUAACACGGAGAACAACGAGUUCGGCGUCCUAGCGAAGCAGGUCCAAAAUUUCGUAACUAUCUCAUCAAAAGCAAUUGGUGAGUCGGUGUCUCAUGGUUUUGCGUGGCACCACAUUUCUCACACGCCUGGAGCAGCCGAUUGGGAUGAGAACCGUAUUCCGUUAGAACGGCUAGGUAUUUCCAAGAUUCGGCCUAAGACGCGGCCAGUCCAGCCUGCCAAGGGCACGUGUGAGUCGAUCGCCAAAGAAUGUUUCAACGAGUGGUCUACCGGAGCACAGGGUAACUUCAGCAGUCUUUGGGUUAAGGGGCCCAGAGGCUGUGGGAAGGCUCACUUGGCUAAGUACAUGGCGGAUAACUGGAAAAAAGAAGUAUAUGAUCCCCGGACCCGGCCACAGCGCCCUGCCAUUGUCGCGCACUGCUCCCUCAACGACAUGAUCACCGAGUACAGAACAGCCAGUUCUGUUGCCUUGUGCUGGCUCCACCAGGUUCUUGAUGCCGACCCGACGUUGACCCCCCACCUGAGGAACGAAUUCAAUAACAAUACUGCUCACAACCUCGACCGCUACGUUUGUGACUGGGAGGAAAAUCACAUCGUCGACCUCUGGCAGAAAAUGAUUUCCACAGUGGCCAAGGAGGUGGGGUUCUUAGUUUUCAUCGUUGAUGGGUUGGACAAAUGCAAUGACCCGCAGGUUCUUCAAGACCUCGUCAACUGGGUGGCCCAGGCUGCAAAGAAACCCGACACCAUUCUGGGCGGUGUCCAGUUCCAGCUCUUGAUCUUCUCCAACGACACAGAAAAGCUCCGCCCUCUAAACCAUCCUCCAAUUCAUCAGCUCGCCGCUGGAAGGUUUUUGGACGACAUCAAGUGCGCCGUAAGAGACCGCGUGGACGAGACCUUACGCCGUUACGAAAGCAGUGGAGGGCAAACUGAUAGAGUGAAUCAAUGUGAAGGAGAGGAUCAACAAGACGGGGAAGCUGGCGGGGGGGCUUCGAGCAAAUUAGGAAAGCUGCUCUGGAACACGGUUGCGGAAGGUGAGGAGAAGACGCACCUUUGGGCGACUGUCCUCAUGGGCGAGAUCAAGGCCGCCAAUUUCCCGGACAAGGCAUCCUUGGUCAGUUUCCUCGAGCUUCUCAACAGGAGCCCCCGUGGCGGCAAGCUUGAUGCGCUCUAUGGUGCUAUUGUUCGGCGAAUUUCCUCAGGGCGCGAAUUGAAAAGGCACUCCUUCAAUGUGCUGUUUUGGUUGAUGCACAAAAUCGGUAUCAUGACCCAGCAGGAAUUACAAGAAGGGUGUGGCAUGCUUGACGCAGCCGGGUUUAGAGGAGCUGAUGAUGGAGACAGGGAUACUCAAAGGCGCAUCGAGGAGACCGACAUAGAGAGGACAUAUCUUAGUUACUCCACGUUUCGUCGGGCUCUUGAGAACUUGGGAGGGUUAGUCAAGAUCUGGCGUCGAGGCCUGUGCCUCAUUCACGAUUCAUUUUGGGAUUAUUUUACAACACGCGCCGACACAGCCGUUCACCGCGACUACCGCUGUUCCCCUAAAACCGCGGCCAGGGUUAUUACCCGCCUCUGCAUGGACUAUCUACUCCUUUCCCGCUUCAAGAAUGCCGGCCCACCGGCAACCGAAGGGGAUAGUCGCCAGUGGGAAAAUAAGGUCCACAAACGGGUGCAGGAGAACAAGUUUGUCCGAUACGCAUCGCUCCGCUGGACUGAGCACCUCCAGAGGUCGGGAUCUGUGUUUGAUCCACGCCAUACGAGUCACAAGAAAUUGUCACGAAUGCGAAAGCUGCUCGACCCGAGGAAAGGAUACAUGAAAAGCUGGACCGAGGUGUUGUGGUAUUGGACCAAGGCGGCCGAAGGUCUGCCUUAUCCCAAGGAACGUUUCCCUUGGGAGCUGUUUGUCUGGAAAAACCCCAAAGGGCACUGGCAGCCCGAGCAAACGUCGCCACCACUACGCUUCUCGCCACCUAGUUUUGGAAAUCCAGAGUCCGAGCAACCCCAAGCCGCCUCGAGGCAGCCGGAUGUCGAAAGGCCCGGCUUGGAGCAAGUUCAAGCGGAUGUCGAACAACCCGGCUCGGAGCAAGUGCAAGCGGAUGUUGAACAACACGGCUCAGAACAUCCGGACCCCCAACAACCUACGCUGGAACAGCCCCCUUCCGAAUGGCAAAUCGAGGGCAAAAAUCCUAAAGCAUGGUGGCGGAAGAAGCGUGUUUGGUUGGUUGUUUUUGCCCUCGUCAUCAUCAUCAUCAGUGGUACCCCCUGGCAACUUGCUAUUUACGCCCACACAUCCCUCCGCGCCCCUAUUCCGCCAAGGUCCAUACCCGUCGCCCGCUCCUCCGCCGAAGGAAGCGCCCGCCAAUCAUCCAUCCGCAACCCCUUCCUAACGGCCUCACCGGCGAACGUACCCGGCCCCAGCCCCAGCUCCCCACAGCCAUUACGGCCCAGAGAAGCCUGCUCAAUACGCCUGACCACGGUUUUGAACCAAGCAUCAUCAGCGCACGCAAAACGGCACAUAUUCGUGUGCGACGCGGGGAUCGCCAGCUGCACCUCGUGUGGGUUCGGUCUCGUACAGGCUGAUGAGGGCGUACCGUUCCACGAUGUGCCGGAAGUCCUGCGCGAGGUCGUGCAGGUUGGGGGCGUCGCGUUGUAG